AUGGAAGAGGAUGCUAAGGGAGGCAAAGUUGAUGGUUAUCAGGAAGGUGAUUGUGUUGAUUAUUCUUCUGAUGUUGUUGGAAUAAUGAAUAAUAAGUUGGAUCCUUCAAAGUUUGUUGGGAAGGGUAAUGUAGGGAAUGAAAGUAAUAAAAUGAAGAAUAGUAUGAUGGUUCAGGGGAAUAGUAAAAGCAAAGAUGGGAUUUCUCAGGCAUUUGAGGAGAAGGAGGUUAUUGAUGUUAUUAGGAGUAAUAACCUUGGUAUAUGUGCUGUGGUGGAGUCUCAUGUCAAGGUCUUAAAUCUUAAGAAUGUUUGUGUUAAGACCUUUGGUCAAUGGGAUUGGGUUUCUAAUAAUAGUAGUUGUGAGGCUGGAACUAGAAUAAUUGUUGGAUGGAAUCCAAGACUUUUUGAAGUGAUGGUGAUUUCUCACUCUAGACAAGUUAUUCAAUGUUAUGUUAGAUUCUGUGAUUCCAAUUAUAGCAUGUAUUUGUCUUUUAUAUAUGCUGCUUCGAAUUAUCUUGAGAGAAGGUUAUUAUGGGAUAAUUUGAAGAAACAUAGUUUGGUUGUUAAGAAGGAAGCAUGGGGAAUAUUAGGUGAUUUUAAUGUUGCUUUAAAACCAUCGGAAUAUUCUGAAGGUUGUUCCAAAACGCCUAAAGGAGUUGAUGAUUUUAUUGACUGUAUAAACUUUAUUGAAGUUGAGGAUCUGAAUUCCUCUGGGUUUCAGUUUACUUGGAAUAAAACUCAUGCUGGGAAUAAGGGCCUUUUGAAGAAGUUAGAUAGGGUGAUGGCCAAUUUGAAAUUUGUUUCGGAUCAUCCUUUAGCUCAUGCUAUUUUUAAACCUUAUAGGGUGUCGGAUCAUUGUCCUGUUAUUUUAAAUGUUCCUGUUGGCAAAUUGAGAUGGAAACCUUCUUUUAGGUUUGCUAAUUUUAUCACUGAAAAGGUGGAGUUCUUACCCCUGGUUAAGGAAGUUUGGGAUGCUAAUAUUGAAGGUUUUUUUAUGUUCAAAGUGUGCCAAAAGUUGAAGAUUCUUAAAAAGCAUUGUAGGGAGCUUUGCAAUAAGCACAGGGGUUCUGGGAAGAGAAUCCAAAUGUUAAGAAAGGAGUUGGAAAGUAAACAAUUUGAAAUUGAUCUUAAUCCUUUUGAUUGUAAGAUUAGGGAGGAGCAUACUAAUAUUCUUUUUGAUUUUAAUGUUGCUUGUAAUGAUGAAGAAAAGCUUCUUUUCCAGAGAUCUAAGAUAAAUUGGUUACAGGAAGGGGACAAUAAUACAAAGUUUUUUCAUAGAGUUGUGAAGAGCAGGGGCAAUAGAAAUCGUAUUCUGAUGGUUAUUGAUGAAGAUGGAAGAUGGGUUAGUGGGAAGGCUAUGAAGGAUAAAUUUGUUACUCAUUUCAAUAAGUUUUUGGGUUGUAAAGAUGUUACUGAGUUUUCGUGUUUAAAUGAUGGUUUCUUUCAUAAUAAAUUGGAUAGUAGGGUGGCUGCUAAUAUGAUUAGAGUGGUGACUGAUGAAGAAAUCAAAGUGGCGAUGUUUGAUAUUGAUGAAAAUCGUGCCCCUGGACCUGAUGGGUACUCCUCCAAAUUUUUUAAAAGUUCUUGGAACAUUGUUGGGCCGGAGGUGUGUAAAGCUGUGAGGGAAUUUUUUUGGACUGGUAAAUUGUUGAAGGGGAUUAAUGCUACGAGAAUAGUGCUGGUUCCUAAAGUGAAGUUCCCGAGGAAAGUUUCUGAUUUCCGUCCUAUAGCCUGCUGUAACACUUUAUAUAAGUGUAUUAGUAAGAUUAUAGUGAACAGAAUUAGAAAUAGUUUGGGUGAUAUUGUGAGCAAAAAUCAAUCAGCUUUCAUUCCUGGAAGAUCUAUUGUGGAUAAUAUUCUCCUUGCUCAGGAGCUGAUGGUGGGGUAUAAAAAUAAGAGGGGAGUUCCCAAAUGCACCAUAAAGAUUGAUAUUCAAAAGGCAUAUGAUACGGUGGAUUGGAAUUUUCUUAGUAGAAUUCUGCAGGGGUUUGGUUUUCAUACGAUAAUGAUUCAGUGGAUUAUGGCUUGUCUUUCUACUCCUUGGUUCAUGCUUAACUUUAAUGGUGAAGAUCAUGGGUAUUUUGAAGGAAAGAGGGGUCUUAGGCAGGGUGAUCCUCUAUCUCCUUACCUAUUUACUAUAGUUAUGGAGGUGUUUAAUAUCAUCCUUUUGAAGAAAAUUGAAGCUGGCCAGAAUUUUAAGUUUCAUAGUAAGUGUAUGUCCCUUAAAAUUACUCAUUUAUGCUUUGCUGAUGAUUUGUUAGUAUUUUCUUAUGGAAAUGGGAAUUCUGCUAGAGUUAUAAGGGAUGCUCUUGAUGAGUUCAAAAAAGUUUCAGGGUUGAAGGUGAGCAUGGAAAAAAACCAGAUUUUCUUUAGUUGUGUUAAACCCAAUAUGAGAAGGAUUAUCUUGGGCAUUCUUCCUUUUGAUAUUGGGAGAUUUCCUUUUAAGUAUUUGGGAAUUCCUAUGUGUGUUACAAAAUUAUUUGAUAGAGAUUGUAAACAGCUUAUUGAGAAGAUUAAGAUGAGAAUUUUCAAUUGGAAAAGCAAGGCUUUAUCGUUUGCUGGAAGGCUGCAGCUCAUUAAUUCUGUUUUGACAUCUAUUCAUGUGUAUUGGGCUUCGAUUUUUAAAAUUCCCAUUGCUACUAUUAAAGAGAUUGAAAAGCUUUGUAAAAGUUUCUUGUGGGCGAAUGGUGAGGUAGUCAAAGGGAAAGCUAAAGUCAAGUGGAAUGAUAUUUGUAAGCCGAAAAUUUAUGGUGGUUUAGGAGUGAAGAAUUUAAGGAAAUGGAAUGAUGCUUUGUUAGCUAAACAUGUGUGGAAUGUGACUAAUAGCAAAAAUUCUCUGUGCGUUCAGUGGGUGAAAUCUAAUUACAUUGGAAACAGGAAUUUUUGGGAUAUUUUGCAGAAGAAGAGUAUGAGCUGGACUUGGAAGAGGUUCCUUGAGGUGAGAAAAAUUGUUAGGCCCCAUGUUGUUUCGUGUGUGGGAAACGGGAUGAAUACUUCUCUCUGGCAUGAUUGGUGGCACCCAAUUGGUAUUUUAUGUUCUAUUAUAUCUAGAAGAGAUUGGGUUAGCAAUGGGUUUAGUGAUUCUUCCUUGGUCAGUGAUGUUCUAGUCUAUGAUUGCUAUACUUGGCCGGUUGAGUGGGUUAAUAUAUUCCCUGGAUUGAAGGAUGCUCCCAUGUUUUGUAUUGAGCCUAAUCUGAGGGAUGUUGCAGGUUGGAGAGAUAAGAAAGGAAUAUGUAAACAAUUUUCAUGCAAACAGGUGUGGUGUGAUAUAAAUAAUUUUGAAGACCAAGUUCCUUGGCAUGAUAUUGUUUGGUAUGGUAAUUGCAUUCCUCGAAAUUCGUUUAUUUUGUGGAUGGCUAUUUUGAAUAGAUUGAAGACUCAGGAUUGUGUCAGAGGUUGGGAAGUUUCUGGUAACUUACUUUGUCCUUUUUGUGCUGUUACUCCUGAUUCACAUGUUCAUCUCUUCUUUAAAUGUGAUUAUUCUCAACUUAUAUGGAGUUUGUUGGUUGCUGGCUAUUGGUUUUGGGGUUGGCAUAGAAGGAUGUCUAACUUUGGUGAUCUUAAUGCUGUGGAUUGGUGGGGGCAUUUUUGGAAUAAGUUUCUUUACAAAGGAAUUGACGGAUUGUGUUACUGGUUUGAGAGUUUGCUCUCAAAUCAUGUGACUUGUACCUAUGGGAUUUUCUGUUUGGAUAUGAUCUUUAUUGAGAUUAUCCAAAUGGAGAAUCCUAGACAUGUGAUUGAUGCCAUGUCUAGUAUGAAACUUGUUCUGAUUUCUUGGAGUUUUGGUGUUAGUUUGUUGUGGUUUGGCUUGUGCUUGAUAUGCAGGAAUUUUUUGCAAAGGUCGGGUUUGGAUCAUGUUUGCAAGCAGAUGGAGUCUUUUCUGUUGAAGACUAAGUGGAGGAUUGAUGAGAGGAGAAGUGACAGAAGAUGCGGGAUUGAUAAAUUGAUGGGGGAGUAUUGUGGUUUUGUUGGGUUUUUUCUUAAAGCUUGGCCUUCAGACUGUGGGUUUUUUUAA